CCUCACUAGUUUACUUUAGUAAGCGAAUUUUCCGAGCAUCCACUGAACGCAGCAAUAUUCUCACCGGGUGCCGACUCUUCAGAAAGUCCUACUACAUCACCUCCCUACAGGAAAACGUACUACUAAAUAGCAGCAAUGAAUGUAUCACAUGAAAUAAACCUGCUGGUGGAGGAGAUUCAGCGACUUGGCAGCCAAAAUGCAGAUGGUAAGACCAGCGUGAAGUUCGGGGUCUUAUUUAGCGACGACCGUUGUGCCAACAUCUUCGAGGCGUUGGUGGGCACGCUGAAGGCGGCCAAGAAGCAGAAGGUGGUCGACUUCCAAGGCGAGCUGCUUCUGCAGGGGGUCCACGACAAUGUUGACGUCAUCUUGCUGAAAGAAUGAAACCAAUUUUAAUUGGACUGAAUCCUCUGACAACACUGCCUUCCAGCAGUGGAUUCGCCUGUGUCCAAGUUUCUACAACACUUUAGCUAAAAAAAAAAAAAAAAAAAAAGUAUAUAUUUUUUUUUUUUAGGGCCCAGAAAUUCUGACAUAAAAGUGAAAAUAAACAAUCUGCAUUUUUAAGUGAGGCAGCAGCUCUAAAUGGUUAUAGACUCCAGGAGGGGUUUUAUGUUAGGUUACAAAUUUCCAAACAAGAAAAAGAAAGAAAUUAGUGCAUUUUUUUGUUGGAUAUUUUCCCCCUUCCAGCUAUUUGAAAUUAAGUCCAUAAAUCCUCUAAGGAGGCAUGUUUAAAAUGGGAAGCUUGGUUUCUGGAAAAUUAACAUACUCUUCUGCACUUCUACGCUGUCCUGAGUUUUACGAUCUGAAUAUUAUGAAGCUGAAAAAAAAAACGUUAAUACAGAUUAUGCUGGAAGUUGAUUAUUCGAGAAACUGAUAUUUCCGUCUUCCUGAGAUGGAGGCAAACCUUUCGAUACAGGAGUUCAGGGAAAAGUGGUGACCCAUUCAGGGCAACGCUUUUUUAUAAACCAUAUAUAUCAUUUUCCUACAAAUCCAAUCAUUAAAGAUGCACAAAGUGGAAAUGAAAUCUAUGUUUUUAUUUUUUUAUGUUGUGUUUUUGAUGAAAGUAUUCGAACCCAAUCAGAUGCCUUUGUUGAGAAUACCACUGUUUAGGAACAAUGUCUAAUAUCUGUGAUUGUCUUUACUGGAGUGUGCGAUCUAAAAGCAGCUGUUUCUCCAACAGAUGGAAAAAAAUGUGCGUCAGUAGUGUAAAUUGCAGUUGCUUUUGACAACAUGGCUGCUCUGCGUACUGUUUACAUGAGCCACUUCUACUACCUCUUGUGGACUUUAAAACAAGACGUUUUUUGAGCUUUUUAGAACAGCUCAUUAUUUUUUUGACCACAAAGAACGUUAGAAGUGCAUUUUGAGAUUUCCUAGCUGCUCGUCUGAUUUAUAACCACAAAAAAAAACAAAGAUGCUCUUUUUAAAUGUCACUAAUGAAGUUCCUUUACAAAUAACCAAAAAAUGCCUUUGUGGAAACUUCUACUGAUCAAAUGGUGAAUGUAUUUCUUGUGCAGCCUUCAGUGGUGGAAUUGUUCUAAUAAUGAUUCUCAGGACCAAAAAUGUGCUUAAUAACUGUCCCAUGGCCCUAUAUACGCUCUUAAAACAUUUCCUUUUUAAAUGAGGGGGGUUUAUUAUUGUUAAUCCUAUAUGAUUGGUCUACUUAUGACUACUUAACUCAAUUUUCAAACUAUAUAAUACUUCUUUCUGUUUAUGGUGGCACAGGACACACCUGGGUUUGUGUGAAAACUUUGAAAUACUAUUCGUAGAGAUGCAUUGAUUAUGUCUAUUUUAGAAAAAAAUAUUCAGACUUUUAAAACUUGCUGAUAAAUGGAGUCUUUUUCUGUUUGUCUUAAAAAUGUUGCACAAAGAUUUUAAAUUUAAUAAAUGGGGUCAAUUUAAUUGAGCACAACUGAAAGCUAAUGAAAGACAAGUUUAUUUUUUUGACCAUCUGCUCUUGCAUCAACUCUGCCUUUUAGUUUACCUGCAGGCGUUUGUUCUGUUUGAUCUGUAUGUUUUGAUGACGAUAAACGGAUCAGAGCUUUGGGUUAAAGGCCAAGAGAAGCAGAAACGCAUCGGUUAGAAUGAACCCCAAGAGUUUUAAGCGUUGUGGAAAUGAGGAAGCUGUGUGUGUGUCAGUGAUCCGAGUCGGUACUCAGGCCAUUUGCAUUUAGGUGCAUUGUUACUGUAUGUCAUAUUACCAACAGUACUGGGCUUUGUUCUGUGGAACCUGCUUUGAAAAAUAAAGUCUUUACACUUGAAAAUUU